UCCUAGCUUCGUCCUCAUCCACCUAUCUCAGCCAUAAACACAAUCUCUAUGACUAUGUUAUGUUGUUACAACAUGCUACUACACCCUGCACCUGCAUCACUCUCCACAUCCUCCUCCAACCCCAUUCCGCCACGCGUCACUCUCCCCCAACUUCCUCAUCCCCUACACAGCACCACCACAAGCCAUCACACCUCAAACAAAUUUGACCACCAUGGGUAACCAAACUGAACUUCAAUCAGAUUUCAAGCUCGUUGGUUUCAAAAACUUUGUCCGAACCAACCCGAAAUCGGACCGCUUCCAGGUGAACCGUUUCCACCACAUUGAGUUCUGGUGCACCGACGCCAUCAACGCCGCCUCCCGUUUCUCAUGGGGACUCGGAAUGCCAAUCGUCGCAAAAUCGGACUUGUCCACCGGAAAUCUAAUCCAUGCCUCCUACCUCCUCCGCUCCGGCGACCUCUCUUUCCUAUUUUCCGCUCCUUACUCUCCCUCCAUCUCCACCGGUGCCGCCGCCACCGCCGCCAUUCCAACCUUCGAUGCUGCCGCCUGCCUCUCCUUCGCCGCCAAGCACGGCCUCGGCGUGCGCGCCAUCGCGUUGGAAGUCGCCGACGCGGAAGCCGCUUUCAGUGCCAGCGUCGCGCACGGCGCCGAGCCGGUGUCUUCGCCGGCUCUCCUCGAAGGCCGCACUGGCUUCGCUGAGGUGCGGCUCUACGGGGACGUCGUGCUUCGUUACGUCAGCUACAAGGACGCGUCGCACGUGUCCGACACUAAUCCCUCGCGGUGGUUCCUACCGGGAUUUGAGGCUUCGGCGGCGGGUUUCCGAGAGCUGGACUACGGGAUCCGGCGGCUCGACCACGCCGUCGGGAACGUGCCGGAGCUGGCGCCGGCAGUGAGUUACCUGAAAAACUUCACCGGAUUCCACGAGUUCGCGGAGUUCACCGCAGAGGACGUGGGAACGAGCGAGAGCGGGUUGAACUCAGUGGUUCUGGCGAACAACUCGGAAACGGUACUACUGCCUCUGAACGAACCGGUUUACGGAACAAAAAGGAGGAGCCAGAUUGAAACGUAUUUGGAACAUAACGAAGGUGCUGGUGUGCAGCACCUUGCGCUUGUUUCUAACGACAUUUUCAGGACUCUGAGGGAAAUGAGAAAGCGAAGUUUCGUUGGUGGGUUUGAGUUCAUGCCUUCUCCUCCUCCAACCUAUUAUGCCAACCUUCACAAGCGUGCCGGUGACGUCUUGACCGUUGACCAGAUUAAGCAGUGUGAGGAGCUUGGGAUUCUUGUUGACAGAGACGAUCAGGGCACUCUGCUUCAGAUUUUCACUAAGCCCGUUGGGGACAGACCAACUAUAUUUAUAGAGAUAAUUGAAAGGGUUGGAUGCAUGGUGGAGGAUGAGGAAGGGAAGGUGUACCAGAAGGGCGCGUGUGGAGGUUUUGGUAAAGGCAACUUUUCUGAGCUUUUCAAAUCCAUUGAAGAAUAUGAGAAGACUUUGUUAGAAGCUAGAACAACAUCCUGAUCCUUCUCCUUCUCCUCCUUCUGUAAACUCAAACUCAUAAUUACUAAUAACAUGUAAAACUCUUCAAAGUGGUACACUUUUUUCUUACUAUUUACUCAUAAAAGCUAAUAAAUUAAACUGUUUCAAACAAAUGCCGGGUUCACAUGACUCCAAAUUCAAAUACAGCAAAGUAAUGAUUCCCGUCUUGCAUAUAAUUUAGCAGCUAUUUCAAACUUGUUUGAAAAUGGUAUCUCAAGUACAGCUGGGACACUGGGAUCAUCAUACUCACCUUUUACAAGUAUAAGUGUUCCACUCUCUGUUCAACAACAAUUGUUUGUUCUCUCCAGAAGUUCUUUAAAGAGAGGAGAAAGUUUAAAGUGAGGUUCUUUAAAGAGAGGAGAAAGUUUAAAGUUAAAGCGGUUAGUGGCUUCCAAUGCUUCCAAUCAUCUGGCAAUGGCCAAAUUUGAUCUCACGUCUUCGAAGAUUAUGAGGUCGUGAUAGAUUCAUUGAAACAAGCAUUUGAAGAACUUCAACUUUUGGAGUUUCAUGAACUGGCAGCUGAAGCUUUCUAUCUUAAGGCCAUGGUAUAUGACAAACUGGGGAAAUUAGAAGGGAGGAAGCUACAGCUUCAUUUCGCAAAAAUAUUUUAGCUAUCGGCAAUCCUCAGGAUGAGGAUGAUCCUCAUGUGCGUUUUGAUUAUUCUUGAUAACCAAUUUUAUAUAUAAGCUAAUUAAAUUAAAUUAUAUGGUAGUGAUCACUAAUCUUCUGUAAUGAUCAUUCAAUGUUGUUUAUAGCUGUCGUCAGUUUGUUUCCUAUUAGAAUUUUGGAUGCUAAAGGUGAAAACAACCAUAACCAAGACCUUGGAGAUGUUUUGUCUCCUCUUCCCUUUACAGAGGUGAUUCAUGACAUUAUACGAAAUAUCGAAAGUGUUUACGUUGAA